AUGAAUGGCGUCAGGCGCUUUCUCGGUGCGGCGACCACCACAGUCCAGGAGCAGCCGCAGCCGCAGCCGCCACCGCCACUUGAUACCAAUGGCUUACCACCAUUAAAAUCUGGUCCGACGUGGCCCCCGCAGUCUCCGACGUCAACGAACGGAAUUAGCUCACCCUUCGGAAGCCCAAAGAUGACGACGGCGGGACUCUUUCUUAGAAAGGACAGGCAGAAACCGCCACCUCCCGUAGCGGACGAUGAUACUAUACUAAAAUCGUCGCUUCGUUCGUCAAACGUUUCGACUAGCUCGCUCAUUAAUUCCAACGGACAGUUAUCCGGUUCUCCGGUCGGGCCCUCACCACCGCGAGGCCCUCCCUCUCGAAUUGUUACCCGGAAGUCUGUGAAACCGUUGUCAAUGGAUUCGGAAUACAAGCGAUCAUCUAGUCGGCUCAACAAUCGAGACGAGUUGUUGCUCAGUUUGUUGGCCAGUGACGCUGUGGUGGACAGUCGGGAUUUUGAGAUCCUCAGUUUCGAAGAAGUCGACGAACUGAAGAAGGAACAUCAAGUCCUCAUGUCUCGACUCGGUGCCACGGAGAAAAAGCUCACUCUAGAAACGAAAAUUCGGGAUGCUGCAGUAUCCUUAUCCAAGGUCAAUCAAUCGAACAAGAAGAUGUCCAAGCAGACCGAGGAACAGCUCGAGUCCGCUAAUCGCCGCGUCGAUAUUGCGCAGAAGGAAUUAUGGCGGGUUUCGGAGCGAGUGAAUGAGAUAACUAGGCGCCUACUCGAGCACCGUGCAGGAGUUCUCAGCUAUUCUGUCCGUAGUAUGGAGAAAAAGAUGGCUCCUUCCUCUGUAAACGGUCACAGCACUCCUCGAAAUCACCGCGAUUCUGGCUACGAGACCCCGAACAGAAGCGUCUCGCUCAGUCCAACAACGACAUCCAUUGCAGACUCUUCUUUCACCAAGUUUGAUGGUGCUCACUUUUUCGCAGGUCAUGCAGAUGCUAUCGUACCGACACGCCAACGUUCUCCGGAUUCUGCGACCCGAGAAAUCUUUUCCUUAGAGGAGAAGCUCAAGGCCGCGACUGAUUCACUGAAGGCCGCAGGACAAAAGCAGGCAGACAUGGCGAAAGAGCUGUCUCAUCUGAAAUUUGAGAAGGAGCAGGUCGAGAUGAUGAUGGACAUAGAAUUGCAGAACGCUCAGGACACCAUUGCCGCUUUAGAGCAGGAGAUGCCCAAGAUCGAAUCUCUGGAAAAUGAGUUUCAGGAUCUAUUGGAGGAGAAGAGGGAUUGGGAGCGCGAGCGGGAAGAACAAGACUUGCGGAUAGCUGCUCUGCAGGACGAAUUGAAGGCACUUGAGUCGUCCAAUGCUCAGGCUGCAGGAAAUGAGUCGGCAUUGGCACAAGCACGAGAGGCGUCGCAACAGUUGUUGGAGGACAAGGACGCCGAGUUGCGGCAAUUACAGGCAGAAUGGGAGCAUGAUCGAUUGGCUUGGGAUCAGGAGCGCGCGCGUUUAGAGGACGAGAAGUUGGAGGAUCUGACAAGACUACAAGACGAGAUGGACAGAGUACGGGAAGAAGAUGUCUCUCUAUUACAAAAGGCGACCGACAGCCUUGAGGAAGGGCAAGCUCUGAUCCAAGCGCUCGUUCACAAACAUUCUGUGCCGUUGUUCUCUCGCGAGUUGUCUUUGAGGGCUCUCCUGUCUUCGGUGGAUCUUUACCUUGAAAGAGUCGGGUCUAAACCAGAUUUAGAAAUGGAGUUGGAGGAAACGAGGAAGAAGCUUGAUGAUGAGGUGUCGAAGCGCGAAGCUCUUCUUCAAGAUCUCGAGGAGGCCCGGCGCGAACGAGAAGAUGCCAAGAAGGAGGCUCGAAUAAUUGCUCAGAAAAUGAAGGAGCAAUUAGAGUCAAAUAAUGGUCCAAUUCGCUCCCCGAUAACCCCAACAGCCACUUUCCCGACUGAACUUACAGGCGAUGCAGCCAAGAUUGUUGCCAUCCUCCAACCUCUCUGGACUAUGCUUCCCUCCCCCGAAGCCCGCGCUGCUAAAUUCAAUAUCCAACGACAGUUCCGGACUGGAUCACCGACAGCAUCAGCCCCUUCCAGUCCUAGUAGUCUAGGUCACAACAACUCCGCUAAAUCUCUUUCAGAUCUGGAUGUGCGAUCCCUCAAGGCCCUCUAUGAUAUACGUUCAGGCGCCAAUUCAUCACCUAACCCAGGUUCGUUCACAGUGGAGGCGUUUGCUGCCCGGGUACAAGCGCUGGUGUCGGACGAUAGGUCGCUCAUUGAACGCCUGCUUCGAUUCGCUCAGGCGCAUGAUCUGUUGAAAAAGAACGCCGACCGUGCUCAGAAGCUGGCGCAGGAGGGCAGUAUCGCUUUGGAGACCUAUCAAAAGCAGGUGCGGAUGUUGGAGGACAGGAAUAUGAGCAUGGCAUCCAGAUACGCUGGGCUGGAGGAUGAAAUGCACCGAUUACAAGACAGUGUGGAUAUGAUCACGUCACAGAAGCUGGAGAUUGAAAUGCAGGCGGCUGAGCAGGCUGAAACAUGCCGGCAACUUACCGAGGCCAACAACACGUUGAGCGCGCGAGCGUUGACCUUGGCGGAAGAAGCUGCAUCUGCUCCAGAAGCCAUCAGGAAACAGCUAGAGGCGCAACUUGCCGAGUCCCGUGUAGCAUUGAAGGCCGCACAGGAAGAACUUGAUACCAUGAUUUCGUCGGAGCAGAAUCAAAAGGCUGCAUUGUUGGAUGAGCUGAACACAAUGCAAACGGAGAAUGGUCAACUAAGAGCGCAGCUUCGGGCGGUGAAGAAAUGA